GCUCUACAGUCGCGUAUUCCCACACAGCACGAGCAAACGGUAGUCGCUUUCAGCACGGGACAGAUCCUCUACAGUACACCCUCGUACUGCAAUAUGGCGACAGAGUUUCACAACCUUCAGGAGCUGAGGCACAGUGCAUCGCUGGUCACUAAGGUGUUUGUACAGAGAGACUACAGCGAAGGAACCAUCUGCCGCUUCCAGGCCAAGUUCCCCUCAGAGCUCGACAACAGGAUUGAGCGAACCUUGCUCGAGGAGACGGUGAAGACCCUAAACUCUUAUUAUGUGGAGGCAGAAAAAAUUGGAGGUCAGUCAUACCUGGAAGGAUGUCUGGCUUGUGCAACAGCGUAUAUCGUCUUCCUCUGCAUGGAAACACGCUAUGAGAAGGUGCUAAAGAAGAUUACAGGCUACAUCCAGGAGCAGAAUGAGAAGAUCUACGCUCCCAGAGGUCUGCUGCUCACAGACCCCGUAGAGAGAGGAAUGAGGGUUCUAGAGAUCAGUGUGUUUGAAGACCGGGGCUCGGGCAGCUCCAGUCCCAGCAGCAGCUUGUCGUCGGCAGGCAGCAGUGCUCGGUGACUGGAGGGGCAGCGCCAGGCUUACGGGUACCACCACAGGGGCAGCGGGACGCUUACCAACAUCCGCAUGCUGAAACAUGAGAGCACCAGGUUCUAAGACAAGUGGAGAACAAAAAAGGCGAGGAGGUGAUCCACAGCACUCACACGCUCCCUGCUGGGGCCUACGACGUACCACCUCAAGAACAGUAUCUGGCUUGCACACUGGAUAACAGAAUAAAAACAAGUGCAGCAGAACCCACACGUAGGCAGUAGACACAUGCCAACAUCCGGGGGGAAUAUCUUUCACUGUCCACCAGCUAUCCAAACCAACAUUAUCAUGAUUUCUUUUCUUCCAAUCUUUCCAUUGCCUUUUCUCUUAUUCCAUCACGCCUGUUUCCAUGACUCACAGCAUCUCUGUCGCAGAGCUGAUUCACCAGGCUUAUUCUUGAUUAGACUGGAUGUCAAUGCUUGAUUGUUUUCACUAUUACUAUGGUAGUGUAGUCUUAGGUCUGUGUAGCAGCUCUGAAAAUCUGGAAGGAGGAAAACUACCGGCCUCCAGGGAGACCCAAUGUUCUCCGGUCUCGCUGAAUGAUUGCAUUCAUGUCAGGUGGUUAGGGUCAAGCUGCUUUAAAUGCUGGCAAAUUGGGCCUGCUGUGGAACUGCCCGGUUCUAUGCUCUGUUCACAUGCAUUUGGCUUCGAUAUCAGAGAGCACCUUGGAUUAUUUAUCCUUCCCAUUCACAGCAGUGGAUAGUAGUGAUCCACAUCACAGCUGUAGGUCACACUCCUACACACACACACACACACACACACACACACACACACACACACACACACACACACAUAUGCAUACAAAUGUACACAACCGUGCCCAGGUACUCAUACAGACAGUAGCGAGGGGACAUGCAUGCACAUGCAUACACACACACACACCUGUGGCUAGUGGCCAUGCGUUCCAUUACACAGAUUCUGGCAGAUGUGGAGUUGGAGUCGACCUGGAGCCUGCGCUAGAUUCCCUGGAAGUGUGUACAUACAUACAAUACCUGAACCUCUAUUACUAUGUCUAUACUACUGAUGUAGAUGCAUAUCAUUACUAAUGAUACAAAUAAAAAGAAAUAGACAUUUAGAAGAUGUUUGUAUCUGACAUGCACACGACAACAUUGAGACAUACUGAGAGAUGUUGAUGCAGAUGAAUAUUUCAGAUUAGAAACUUUUCUAUCAUCAAAGGAUCUCAGUUCAUUGGUACCAUCUGUCAUUUGUUAUGUAUUAUCAGAAAGAUAGGGGUCAGUUUUUGUGUUAUUGUAUCAGUGAAACACAGUUGUAGCUCCCUCUAGGGUCAGACUGACGAAGUUCUGCACUUCUGAAAGAAAAAUCACCAAAAAGAUUGAGUCUAAAGAUAAAGAUAGUAUAUUCAAAUCAUUUCUAGCUCCUUAAUGAAACCUAGUGUUUAUAACACUACUUAUUCACACUGCCGCACUGCCCGGCUCCUUUCUAAUACAAUAUCUUCAGUACACACAAGACAAUGCAGCGUGAGGAGCAUACUUUCUGUGUCUCAUUGUGGGAAACAGUGCAUCAUGUCUGGCUUGUAUGUGUGUGGAGGCUGAGGAGACAAAAGAUGAUCAUUGUGUAGCAAAAAUGUUGAUGCCAAUAGCCAGCGCACCCACACAACGUCAAACAAAAGACCUGGAAAAAAAUAAUCCCUGUUUCAGUGUCUGCAUAUUGUAUUUCUGUUUGCAUAGUUUCUGUCUUCUUUCAUUCUUUUUUUUCCAUUUUCAGUUGUUUCUUUGACCUCGCCUCACACCAUGAUCGCAAAACCCUCGGCCUUGCAACCAGCCUUGUGUACUUUUAUCAGAGCAGUGUCAUGCUGAAGUUAAACUGCUCACUAGAAAGUCGUUGUAGAAUUUAAGAUGUUUUGCUUCAGUGGAUAGUUUAAUUUCAUCUGGACAUUUUACUACCUGGAUGAGUGGGAUGACCCUACAAAGACAGUUUACCACAGCAGUUGAGUGCAGUUGUGCUCGUGUUCAGCCUCCUGUUCUUUUUGAUGCCUUCAUGUUUCAUCCCAGUGGAAUGGAUACCCAACCUGGGGCUGACGGACUGACCAGUUACAAACUGACUUAACACUGCCAAUAAGCAAAUAAAGGAGCUCAUUGGACAAUGUAUAAAGCAAACAUGUGUACACACACCGAGUGUGUACGAACUGUACAGGAGAAGAACUGCACUGUACAUGCUUGUCAAUGAUUAUCCAUGCUGAAUUUGUGGAUGGAAAUGCCAUAAUGCUAUUUAAUUCCAAAACAUUACUGUUGCCCAGUAUUAGUUCCUAAAUACAUUUCUAAUGUUUUGAUAUCCUCUCUAAUUUGGGCAUCAAGUGUCAGAGCAGCUAUUAAAGCAUAUCGUCUGUACAGCUAUGCGCUGCUGUGUAUCUUCUGUAAAAUGAAGAUGACGUUUAGUUCUGUGCUGAAUAGUGUUGAUAAUGUAGCGUAUGAUAUUGUAAUAAUAAUAACAAUGUCAGUUGUUAUUGUGGAGGUAAAAAGAAGGGUGAUGAUGAUCCUCAGGGGGAAGUCUGAAAUGUGACUAAAGUUCUUAAACGAUGAGUUCACAUUAACCAUGCUGACAGCUGUAGCGAUGGUGCUGUUGGUCUUUUGGUUGGCCUUCCACUUUACAGACUGAAUAUUAAAAAUAUCUCAACAAAUAUUGGAUGGAUUGACAUGAAAAUGGAUGAAUGUUACUGACUUUUAGUCUUGUUUUAUGUUGCUCCCAUAAACUAUAUGCACCGAAAGAGCAGGAACAAUUAAGGGAGGAAUGUUUACAGCAUCAAAUAAUCAUUUGAAUAAUGACAUGGGUGUCUAAGGAGUGUAUUAUAAUAACCUUGACGCGAUCUGAACCUAUCCUUUAGGGCUGAGGUGAAAAAGAAGCACUGUGUGCCACAUUUUAAGGCGUUAUGUAGCUUGUUCUUUCAAGAAUGACUUCUUUGAUUAAUGAGGAAAACCGAGGGAGUAAAGAUUAUGAUAUUAAAUGUAUUCUCGUUAAAAGAUGUACAUUGAGAUAUACAGUAAAUACAUUAUCACGGAGCACAGUAAACUCCUUGAUCCUCUAUCAUGCUAACUAUCAAGAUAACCUCUGUGCCAACACUUGUCUGAGGAGGAGAUAAAACUUGUGGGCCAAGUGAUGAUGUAUAGUCCAUUUCUGUAUGUAAAUUCCCGUUUGUCAUAUAUUUAUCUUGUACAAUAUUUUAGAGUGCAGCAAGUUGGUCCAGAGACGUGGAGUCACCAGUACUGUAUGUGUGUUAUGCUGUUACAAGUGAGAGAUUGUUCAUAGUGCAAUAUGAUGUGUUCCUAAAACUGUAAAAGAUUAUGUGUACCAACCUCGGGGAGACUAAACCUGCAUUGAUGUUUAAUGCUGCAUGAUGUGUGUAAACAAAGAAAGUGCCAGACGACAGUAAGUGUAAUCCCUGAUCAACAAAAAGUCCCUCGGUUGUGCUGCUAAGAGAGAGCAAUUUAUAUCUUAUCUUGAUGCUAUUUAUGUGUUUACAUCAAAUUAUUUAUGAAUUGAAAUGGAUUCAUAUUUUGUUUUCCCAAAGCCUGUGGAGAAGAGUUUCAACUGUCUCCAAGAGAUGAAUAAAGUGUCAGUUAAAUG